CGGUGUCAACUGGUUAUAGCUACUGCCUAGUGAUAUUCAAAGUUAGCACUUAGGCGUCCGUUGUAAGCACCCCACAAGUUCUUGAGCGCAAGUGCAACGCUUGGCACUCGCGAAAUCGAUUCUCCGCGUCCGCAUCAACGGUUUGACGUGUAACAAACUAUAAAAUCGCAUAACAUGCAAGCAAAGCAUUCAGUCGAGCGUUGUCUGUGAUCGUUAAUGUUGUAAUCGUUAAUUCUUAUAAGAGACUUAAAUCCGAAAUAGAUUUUUUUUGAAAUUUAAAAGUAAAUAUAUUUGAAAGUGAAUUAGUUAAACGCGCGUGACGCUUAAUUUAAUAACAGCAACAACUAAAAUAUAUAAUGACACAAGGUCACGGCAUAAAGGACGGACAAACUUUUGUCAACGCAGCUUUCAGUGCCGACGAAAAUGGUCACGAAAAUGUCUUCCGCAGGAAAAGUGGCAAUGCCAAUAGUCUACAAUUGGAUAAUAGCAACCCAAUGGAAUUGAAAUGCAAAGACACUGACAAGGUGGAUCAAAAUGGAAAUAAUGCGCCAGUACUCGAUUUCGAUGACAUUCUACCAAUGAUCGGUGAAUUCGGGAGGUAUCAGAAGAUGCUAUUCCUUCUGAUGAUACCAUUUGCAUUUUUCGUUGCAUUCGUGUAUUUUUCGCAAAUUUUCCUAACUCUAAUACCUGAUCAACAUUGGUGUCAAGUGCCUGAACUCAAUGACUUACCAGUGGAAAUGAGAUUGGCGUUGUCAAUUCCUCGAGUGAAUGGAGAGUACCGAAACUGUCAUAUGUAUGACGUUAAUUAUACGGAAAUUUUGGCAAAAGGCAUUAAGGUUGCGGACCCCAGUUGGCCAAUGACCAAAUGCAAAAAUGGUUGGUCCUAUAACUUCACCGAAAUACCCUAUACUACUGUAGCGACAGAGGAGAAUUGGGUUUGCGAUAAUGCCGCGCUGCCUACCUAUGCGCAGUCGAUAUUCUUCUUAGGCGCUAUUGUGGGUGGUCUAUUGUUUGGCUGGAUUGCUGACAGAUUUGGACGUAUUCCAGCGUUGAUUGGCUGCAAUCUAAUGGGCUUCGCUGCCGGCGUUGGCACAGCCUUCGUAACGAGUUUUUGGCAAUUCGCACUUAUGCGUUUCUUUGUUGGUUUCGCUUUCGAUAACAGCUUCACCAUGAUGUACAUACUGGUACUUGAAUAUGUUGGACCGAAAUACAGAACCUUUGUGGCAAACAUGUCAAUUGCCAUUUUCUUCACAGCUGCAGCUUGUAUGCUUCCUUGGAUUGCUUAUUAUUUAGCAGACUGGAGACUUCUAACAAUUGUCACAUCAGCACCAUUAGCAUUGGUCAUUUUAACACCCUGGUUAAUUCCAGAAUCUGCUCGUUGGUUGGUGUCUCAAGGAAAAACCGAUAAAGCUGUGAGCAUACUGAAGAAAUUAGAAAAAAUCAAUCGCAAACAUGUUCCCGCAGAAACAUAUAAACAUUUCUCCGAUAGUUGCAACAAAUUGCGUCAGGAAGAGAACAAAAAUUGUAACUACUCUGUUUUAGAUCUCUUCAAAACGCCGAGAUUACGUCGCACAACACUCUUGUUAAUUGUAAUUUGGAUGGCUAUAUCUUUAGUGUUCGAUGGACACGUAAGAAAUGUAGGCUCAUUAGGUUUGAACAUCUUUUUAACUUUCACAGUGGCUAGUUUUACGGAACUACCAGCUGAUACGCUACUCACAAUAACUUUGGACAAAUGGGGCAGACGUUGGUUAGCCUGCGGCACCAUGGUAUUAAGUGGAGUUUUCAGUCUGUUGGCAACAGUAGCGCCAGUUGGCGUCUACUCUGCUACAUUAGCCAUAGUAGGCAGAUUUUUUGUUAAUAUAUCUUACAACAUUGGUCUACAGUAUGCAGCUGAAAUCUUGCCAACAGUGGUGCGUGCGCAAGGUGUGGCUUUCAUACACAUAAUGGGCUAUGUGGCUAGUAUUAUAGCACCUUUCGUAGUUUAUCUAGCAAAUAUAUCACCUAUGCUGCCACUUAUUAUAUUAGGUGUUUUGGGCAUAAUUGGUGGUUUGUUAGCAUUACUACUACCCGAAACAUUAAAUCAUGACCUACCACAAACGCUCUCCGAUGGUGAAGAAUUUGGUAGAGGUCAAAGCAUUUGGGAUUUCCCUUGCUUGGCGAAACAAGUGGAUGAUUCCAGUGAUGUAGAAAUAAGAAGUCAACAUUUCGUACGUUCCACUCAAACCGGAGCUUCAUUGACUGCGUCCACCAGAGGUGAAUUGCGCUCCAGCAUUUUACGUAGAUCGGUACGUUCUAGACAGUCAACGAGAAUGUAAGCAGGCUGUGGUUUUCGAAAAAAUCGUUACUAAAAAUCCUUGAAGAAAAAACUAUUAUGUAAGAGUAUUAUAUAAGUUAAUGUUUUCAACUAAAUGUAAUGUAAACUAUGUAGUAAGUAAUUUAUUAUUUUAAGUGCUAGUCAAUUACUGUUGUAGAAUGUGCUCAAAAUUGUUUAUGAGGUAAUCGCAUCAAUAGUUUCAAUUAAAAAUAUAUGUUCACAAAAUAUAAUUUAAAAAUGUAAGUUAAUGCAUAUUAAUGUGAUAUUAGCCAUUAUAUAUAUACUUUUAAGAACGAGUAAUAUCUCAUAUCUUUUUAGUUAUUUAAGUAUCUUUCAUAUUCGUACCAGUACACCUAAGAAAAAAUAAAUUGUCGUUUAAGUAAAUAAAUGCAAUAAACAAUCGAUUAUU